AUGGGCACCGCUUUGUCCGCUAUCAUAAACCAAGGGUUUCCGCCGAAAAGCAAGUUCAGCGUCGAUGAUAUCCCCGACCUCACAGGGCGUGUCGUGCUCGUCACUGGCGGUUAUGGCGGUAUAGGCUACGAGAUAAUCAAGGCGCUCUUGCAACAUAAUGCGAAGGUGUACAUGGCCGCGCGUAACAAGGCGAAGGCAGAGGCCGCCAUCGCGUCUCUGAAGACAGCGACCGGCAAAGAAGCCAUAUUUCUCGAGCUCGACCUAUCGAGCCUCGCGUCCGUCAAGAAGUCCGCGCAGGAGUUCCUCACCAAGGAGCACGAGCUGCACAUCCUCUUCAACAACGCCGGCGUGAUGAUCCCGCCCCUGCGCGAAGCCACGCAAAACGGAUACGACCUCCAGUUCGGCGUGAACGUCGUCGCGCACUUCUACCUCACCGAGCUGCUCAUGCCCGCGCUGCUCGCGGGGGUUGCGUCCUCCCCGGACCGUCACGCGCGCAUCGUCACGACGACCUCGUCUGCAGCAUACUUGGGGAAGCUCCGCUACGACACGUUCAAGGACGGUCCAGCGCGGAUGAAGAGCUCUAGGGACGCGCUGUAUACCCAGAGCAAGCUCGGCAACACCAUCGUUGCCCACGAGACUGCGAAGCGCUACGCGGAGAAGGGCAUCGUCUCCUUCUCGGUCAACCCAGGUAACAUCCAGACCGAGCUCCAGCGCCACGUCCCCGGGCUCGUCCGCAAAUUCCUGAAUGUCACGAUGCUGCAUCCAACGCCCUUCGGCGCGCUGACGCCGCUGUUCGCGGGGACGUCGGAAGAGGCGCUCAACUACAACGGCGAGUACCUCAUUCCGUGGGCGCGCCUGGGGAAGUGCUUACCGGAGACGUACGACGCUGAGGUCGGCGCGAAGCUGUGGGAAUGGUUGGAGGGAGAGGUCAAGGCCUUCGAGGCGACACAGGUCGCCGCGUGA